AUGCAAAAUCGUCAACACGCUCCAUUUACUCCAUCUCGAUUCAAUAAUCCAGCCAACAUCAGAAACUUGCUUGAUGACUCUUGGCUACGAUUUCAAAUUGAGUUAGAGUUUGUUCAGUCUCUUGGAAAUCCUGACUAUCUUACAUUUCUUUCUCAACAGGGAUGUUUUGAGAAGCCCGAGUUUAUUAAUUACUUAUCAUACCUUCAAUACUGGAAGUCUCCACAGUACUCAAGGUUCAUCUCGUAUCCAUUUUGUUUGCAUAUGCUGGAUUUACUACAAUCUCCUGAGUUCCGAAGAGGAAUUGCUCAUGAAUCAUUGGCCCGUUAUAUUGAUGAUCAAAUGCUUCUUCAUUGGAGGAACUACCUUCACAAACGAUCUGAAAUGGUGGCCAAACACGUACAAUCUAUUGAUCCAUUAACUGGCACACCCGUUCAAGGCCCAUCUAGUUGA